UCUCUUUCUCCGUAUCUGCCCAGCAUGGAUCCUCUCUCCAACUUUAUUUCGGUGUUUUAGUGUUACUUUCGCGCUGCCUUGGCGUCGUCGGCCUUCGUCUGGAUCCCAUAACUCACCGAUACACCAUGUUUACCACCACCGGCUCUCGGGGCCUUUACAAGGCUCCUCUGUCUAAAGGCCUCCUGCUGGUUCUCAAUGGGCUGACUGUGAUGUUCACCCUGCUGCCACAGUACCAGGAACUGUUCGUGUACAACCUCCAGGCUGUCACACAGCAGCACCAGGUGUGGAGGUUUUUGUGUGGCCGGCUGGUCUGUCUAGACGUGAAGGACGCCUUCUGUAGCAGCCUGCUCAUCUACAACUUCCGGAUCUUCGAGAGGAGGUUUGGCUCCAGGAAGUUUGCUUCCUUCCUGUUAGGUACUUGGUAUCUGUCUGCGCUGAUGGACUUCCUGCUGGCCCAGGCUUUUCAGUUUCUGGUUGAAUAUGAGGUGGAGGAACUGCCUGCAGGACUGCUCGCUCCAGUCUUCUCUCUGUUUGUGCCUUUCUACCUGUUGAUCCCCAGCAUGCCAGUCACCCAGGUCCUGGGCCACAUCCACAUCACCAACAAGUCUCUGGUCUACAUAGUAGGCUUGCAGCUGUUGACUUCCAGCCCCUUCAUGUGGCUCCUUGCACUGAGUGGACUGAUCUCAGGCGGACUGUACCACUCCAAUGUUCUCUGGUUACAGAAGCUCCUCUUUGUACCCACCUGGGUGUCGCGUAUUGGACGUUAUAUUCUGGAGCCGCUGUUUUCAAGCUCCCAGCCAAGCAGUGAGACCCCACUGGGGAUGGGUGCCACUCUGGACAUCCAGCGGCAGCAAAGGAUGGACCUGCUCGACCAACAGCUGCUGUUGGCCCAAUACAACGAGGCCAGGAGGAACGCCAGACACCAGCCACAGUCUGGGUUGUUACAGUGGACCAGGUUGUUCCCCUCCCUGAGACAAAGAGGUCAGAACCGACCUCCAAUGCAGCCCCGGCCCCAGGCUCAGACACCCCCAUCCACACAGCAGCCACUGUUGGACAACUCUCCAGUCGCAGAGGAGCAGGUUGCAAGGUUAGUGGAGAUGGGCUUUUCCAGGAUUGAUGCCCUCGAGGCCCUCAGAGCUUCAAAUAACGAUAUCAACAUGGCAACCAACUUCCUCUUGCAACACUGAGAGAGAGAGCUCAGCGAGAGAAAAAGUGAAGGAAGGAGGGCCGAGAGAGGAGCAACCAAAGCAGAGGAGCAAAGAGCAAAACAGAGAGAAAAUGUUAGAGGCAACAAAAGACGAUGAAUGAUGGAGACAAACGAUAUUUGUACAGAUAAUCUGAAGGCUGCGUCACUGCUCCCUGAAGCGCUGUUGGGCUGACCCAACCUGAACUGAGCCCGAUAGCAGGCUGAUUAAUGGAGAGGUGUGAAGCACAAAGUGGGAGACAUUUGCGUCAUUGCUUUCCUGAUGGCCGUCGUCGUGUGAAACAGGCGUCAUCGCUCAAGGCAGAUGAGUUAGACCUUUAACUCUGAGGGGGUUCCCUUUGAAAACCAAACAGGUCAGAGCUUUCCUCGCAGUACAUCUUAAAAACACCAGAGUCUUCAGUCCAGUGGAGGACAGAUAAAGUGGAUUAUUUCUUUGAAACAGAACCGCACCCUCUCCACAUGGAUAUCAUCUUAUUGCUGUGUGAAAAAGUUUUAUACCCAUGUACUGCCACUCUACAUCUGAAAUGGCUACAGUGUAACCAGCAGCUUAGACUCUAGUAACUGGUGAGAGAUGAUACGUAUGACAUGGAAAAACAGAUAACAGAGAACAUCCACUCCGGUUUUUCACUGGCAACAAUAGGAGUAAAAACAGGAAUACAGCACCUGCUGGACGGUUGUAUUUAACUCCUCAAGGAGGUGCAAAGGUCAUGAUUACAACUUCAGAAUGUAUGACUAAAGAAUCCAUAAACAAGAUAACCUUCUUUACCAUGAUUUUAUGACACAGUUGUUAUUGCUUAAUGUUGGCAGUGUUUAAUUGAAGUAGCAGGGCUCAACCCUUUCCUGCCUCAGAUGUUUUAACAAAGCAGUUAGCCUGACUGACAGAUACUAUACAGCCAAAUUUCUUGCGAGCUGGUUGGUUUGGCCCGUUUGAGACUCUGCAUGUACACUGUUGGUGACAGACGCGGCUGUUUGGCAGGAUACGGGUUAGAUCUCAGGGUCUGUUAAUGGCUUAAUCACAUUACAGACACGAGUGCACGCACACAGAUGCACAGUAGCCCUUCGAGGAGGUCAUCUCUUACACCCGUUUGUUUCUUUCAUCAUUUCAUGCGCUCACAUGCACAUGCACGCACUCUUCCAGGUUUUUCUUAUUUGUUUUUAGCUGAGUUUGAGUCUUUUCUCUGGCAGCACAUGUGUCCGAAUCAUAACAAGUCUUAAAAGACCGAUUAUAUUUAUUAUGCAAUAUCAUGAUGGGAAGAAUUUAUUGAAACUAUGCACUGCAUAGUAACCACUUUGUGUGUAUAAAUGUGUAAAUCUUUUGUCCAAGAGAAGUAAUAUUGCAGCCACUAUGUAUUGAUGUCAAAGACAGAUGCUAGUUUUAUAUUUUGUGCAUAAUAAUAUUGAUAAUAUAUGACCACUGAGAUGAGUCUGUCCUUUGUGUGUAUGUAUUUUCUAGAGUGAUAUAAUAGUAUAUGGGUGUGAUGAGGGAGUUGUUGCAUGGACAACUUGCUAAUGAAAUGUAAUGAAUCAUAUUUGGUCUGUUGAAUAAAUCAACUUGCUGACUGAA